GCACCGAGGAAUUGGCGCACCGUUUCUUUUUCGUCUUCAUUCAACAACAUGGCGCUCCCCAUGGACAAACCACGAGAUAGAACUUCACGCAUUUUUGCCUCUGGCAAGCUUCAGUCUAGGGAAAAUAAAAUAAGAAGCCGAAUGCAGUCUCCCCAAGUGAAAUCAUCACACAAUAAAUAUCGGUCAAGAAUCAUUGGAAACGUCAAAGAAGGUCAGGGAUAUGCUGAUAAGAGAAAGAGGAGGUUUCUUAACAACUAUCAGAAACUGAGAAGGAAACAGAGACUCCAAGCUGAGAGGAGGCAGAGCGAAAAUGAAACGGACACGAGCGACAUCAAUUUAUUUGCAAAAAACAUCCAAUCUGCAUCAGAAAACAUAAAUUUGGUUGCAAAGAACGUUCAGUCUACAUUGGAAAAUGUUGAAAGGGACUCCGAUUCCACUUCAGAACACAUCUUGGUUCUGAAGAGGAGCAAGGAGGGAACCAGUGAAAGGACUCAAAAGAAUCCUAGUGAUAGAAAUGAAGGUGAGGAGAGAACUGGAGCGAAUGUGGUGAAAAAGAAACGAUUCAAGAAGCGCGGAGGCAAGAAGAAUGCCAAAAACAAAAACCGGUUCAGCAAAGCCCAGGCAGAGUUUACAGAAAAGAGACGAGUGGAGGAGAAGAGAAUACAGAAUUUACAACAACAGCAAACAGAGAGGGCACUCGCCUUGGAACGUUACAAUAAAAAGAAGAGUGAGCAGCAUCAGAAGCUGAAGAAGAAGUCCAGGAGAGGACAGCCCCUCAUGAAAUACCACAUGGAGGUGUUGCUAGAUAAGAUAAAAGCUCAGGAAAGAUGAUCAGGUAAAAAAACAAAACAAAAAACUAUUUGGAUAUUUUAUAGGCCUAGUCAACCAUAGCCUGCAAGCACAGACUCAAAUUUGACCCCUAACAGAUUAUACCAUGUCUAGAAUUGAAGACUAGACUCCGAACUCUGUCUGACAGAGGCAGCAACAGUACAUGCGAGAAUCUAGUCUCACUACUUCAGACUCUGUAUUAUGCGAAAACUGAAUGUCUGUGUCUGCAGACCAAGUCAAACUUGUGAAUCAAAGAGAAGAAGGCAAGCAAGCCAAUCACUGGAUUUUCAUCAAAAUCAGAUGAAAGUAAUGACACUUGAAGAUGGAUGUUACAAAGAGAGACCCACUAGGGUUACACAGUACACAUAGACUAUUUUCAUUUUAUUUGUUUGACUAUUUUUAAAAGCAAUUUCACAUUUAUGAAAUAAUACUACACAUUGUACAGGUGGCAAGAAAAGAUUUAGAUAUAUGAAGACCAAAUUUGGUCCAUAAAAUCUUUUACAAAUAUGGUCUUCUUUCAUAUCUAUAAUCCUUUUCUACGUUAGGCUAAAAAAAUUCCAGUCACCCCUCGUGAGAACGAUGGUUAGAUUCCUUGAAAAUCUGAAAUGGCGAGUAAUAUUAUGUAUUAUGAUUCAGUCAAGAAACAUUUUAUUCUCAAUUCUUUAGAAAUUGAAAUAUUUGAUGUUUCAUGUACAUUUAAAAUUUUUAUACAUUUAAAAAAAUCAUUAGUGUGAUAUAAUUUGCUUCCUCAUUGUUUUGUAAAGUAACAAACAUUUUUCACUUUACUUACAUGUACAUCAUUAAAUCAAGACUUUGAUAUUCCACAACUUGGAUAUAUUUCCUGACAGAUUCUCACUGAACCUUCAAGCCAAACUUAAAACCUCAAAUCUGUCACUCAUCUCAAUCCCAAUAUUUGUGCUAUUAUGCAUUGUAAAGUCCAUAACUCAUAAAACAACUCAAACUCUGGUAAUGUGAGAGGAUUUGGCCUAACAAAUAUUGUAAAAUGCAAAUUAGCUCACCAAAGGUAUACAAUUACAAUGAUUUUGUGAAAAAAAUGUCAGAUUUCGGUGAAGAAGUUGCGCAAAUUUGUAUCUAAUGGCUUAAAAUAGCACUUUGUGUUUUGCGAUGUUUGACUGUAUGAAUAAUUUAUAUCUCAUGCAUGAUUUUGUCUGAUGAUUGCAGCAGUGAAGGUUUUAUUUUAAUAUAUAGAAUGACACUACUUUCAGAUUUUGGGCUUAUAAGGGCAACAUAACAACUUUUUCUUUUAUUCAAUAGUAGGCCUUAGUUUUUGCAAUAGCAGAGAUUGUAUUUGUACACUUCAUUGGACACAGACAGUAUUUCUGAUACCUGAAAAUGUAAAGAUAUGCUGGUGACAGGUCAUCUCGAUUGAAAAUAAUUAUUUACUUUUCAUGACAGAGUAUAUAUUUCUGUAUAUUAUUAAAGAUGAAAUAUGAAAGUUUUUAAUGGUAAUGACUACCGGUAAUGCUUUGUUUCAAUGCAUAAAUAUUCUGAAGGCAGCAUUGAAAAUAUUUUCAUUCAUUAAGAGCAGUAAUAGAUCAUGGGGGGAGGGAUGGGCAUCAGUUAAGACAAAUAUCUUUUUUCUUUUGGGGCAUCUAUCUAUUGUUGCAUCCCCCCCCCCCGUCACCUUCCAUUAGUUGAGUAUUCACGGUCAAAACCUUUUCUCAGACCAGCAUGAAAGGAGGAAAAGGAGAAUAGGAAUUAAUGUAAUGUAACAUCUAUUCAUCCUAGAUUUAUAUUAUAUCAAUUGCUUUUCAUAAAAUCAAGGAGGAAUGAGUUUAAAAAAAAAGAAGUAUUACAUCUUUUUUAGUUGCAAAUGGUUUAGGCCCCAUUGCAUAAAAGUUUUGUGGUAACUUUUCAAAUUAAUGGAAACUAUCAAGUGUACUAGUGUUCAACAGCCAGUGAAAAUCAAGGAUUUCAUGGAAGUCACUUUUGGAUUGAAAAAAAAAAGUAUUUUUCAACAUUGUAUGCAACAGACCUGUGUGGCUGAAGAAUUUAUUAGAAUUAAAUAUGACAACAGUUGAAAGCGGAUAAAAAUCUUAUGCCGCCGUACAUGAUAA